GACGUCCGCCGGCGAUUAAAAGUCAAAUAAUCUGUAGCAUGUGAUGAGUCUGUGUGAAGCGUUACUAAAACCAGCAGAGGGAGCUGGGAGCCCGGUUCCAUGUGUGCCACCACUAUACUGUAAGAGCACAGCUGUGGAGAUGAUAGACCUUUAAUUUCACUGAAGCCAUCAGUGGUUUUAAUCCAAACGGCAGCAGAAAAGAAUAAAUAACAAUAUCUGUGUGUUGAAAGUGGUUUUGGGAGCAGAUUUACCUCCAAUCUCCAUUUAUUAAAUCUCCAUCCAUUAAAGCCCACCAGCCUCCCCUGUCCUCAGCAGCGUCCACUAAUCCUGAUUACAGGGGAGGACGAGGACUCUGGCUGUCACAAGCAGCGCAGACAGAGCAGAGAGGAACAGGAGGAGGACGUGGGGACAGCAUGGACGGCCGGGGAAGGAGAGGCACCAACGGCUCCGUCAAACGCUCGUCCAUCAAGCGCAGCACGUCGUCAGGCUCCCAGAAGAUUCAGAGAGCGUGGAUUGAGAAAACGUUCCAGAAGAGAGAAUGCAUCCAGAUUAUUCCCAGCAAAGACCCGAGCAGGUGUGGUUGUGGUAAGUUGGUGGCUCAACACACCAUCCCUCCAGGGGCCAGAGAGGAGGAGGCCCCACUGGUCCAGCUGGAGGUCCAUCCUCCUGAGAGAUGGAGUGCCCUCAAACACACCCAGACCUUCUCCACCGACACCUACGGAGUCAUCGAGUUCCAGGGAGGAGGACACGUCAACAAGGCCGUGUACAUCAGAGUCUCCUACGACUCCAAACCAGACGCUCUGCUCCACCUGAUGGUAAAAGACUGGCAGCUGGAGCUUCCUACGCUGCUCAUCUCUGUCCAUGGAGGCCUGCAGAACUUUGACCUGCCCCCGAAACUGAAGCAGGUUUUUGGAAAAGGCCUCAUCAAAGCAGCUGUGACCACAGGUGCCUGGAUCUUCACCGGAGGAGUCAGUACAGGUGUGAUCCGCCACGUUGGAGACGCUCUGAAAGAUCAUUCAUCAAAAUCCAGAGGGAAGGUCUGUGCUAUUGGCAUUGCACCAUGGGGGAUCGUAGAGAACAAAGAAGACCUGAUCGGGAGAGAUGUGACCCGGCCGUAUCAGACCAUGUCCAACCCACUCAGCAAGCUGACAGUGCUGAACAGCAGCCACUCCCACUUCAUCCUGGCCGAUAAUGGGACCACGGGGAAGUACGGGGCUGAAGUCCGCCUCCGCCGACAACUGGAGAAACACAUCGCUUUGCAGAAAAUCAACACACGUCUGGGCCAGGGAGUCCCGGUGGUGUGUCUGAUCCUGGAGGGAGGUCCCAACGUCAUCUCCAUCGUGAUGGAGAGUCUAAAGGAGGAUCCUCCGGUCCCUGUUGUGGUCUGUGACGGCAGCGGUCGAGCCUCCGACAUCCUGUCCUUCGCUCACAGAUACUGUGAUGACGAUGGGUUGGUGGGUGACAGCGUCAGAGAUCAGCUGAUGGUCACCAUCCAGAAAACCUUCAACUACAGCCGCAGCCAAGCGCAGCAGAUCUACCUCAUGGUGAUGGAGUGCAUGAAGAAGAAAGCUCUGAUCACAGUUUUCAGGAUGGGCUCAGAGGGACAGCAGGACAUUGAGAUGUCCAUCCUGACUGCCUUGCUUAAAGGAACGAAUGCGUCGGCCUCUGACCAGCUGAGUUUAGCUCUGGCCUGGAACAGAGUGGACAUCGCUCGCAGUCAGAUCUUCGUGUGUGGACACCAUUGGCCCCCCGUCAGUGCUUCAGCCACCGACCGACCCAAAAGCCCAGCAGCCCAACACGGAGGGAAAGCAAAGCUCAGGGGGAAGAAAGGAAAAGGAGGCAAAGCGAAACCCGAACAGGCUGAGGAGACCGACCCCAGGAAACUGGAACUGCUCAAUUGGGUGAACUCCCUGGAGCAGGCCAUGAUGGACGCGCUGGUGUUGGACAGAGUGGACUUUGUUAAGUUGCUGAUUGAGAACGGCGUCAACAUCCACCACUUCCUCACGAUCCCUCGUCUGGAGGAACUUUACAACACGAAGUUGGGACCAGCCAACACGCUGCACUUUGUGGUCAGAGACGUGAAAAAGGGGAAUCUGCCUCCAGAUUACCAGAUCACAUUGAUUGACAUUGGACUGGUGGUGGAGUUCCUGAUGGGGGGAGCAUACCGUUGCAAGUACACAAGGAAGAGCUUUCGCACACUGUACAACAACCUUUAUGGCCUCAAGAGACCUAAAGCCCUGAAGCUUCUCGGCAUGGAGGACGAUGAGCCCCGGUCCAAAGGAAAAGGAAAGAAGAUCAAGAAGAAGGAGGAGGAGGUGGACAUCGACGUGGACGACCCAGAGGUCAGCAGGUUUCAGUACCCCUUCCACGAGCUGAUGGUGUGGGCCGUGCUGAUGAAGCGCCAGAAGAUGGCACUGUUCCUGUGGCAACGCGGAGAGGAGGCAAUGGCCAAAGCUCUGGUGGCCUGUAAGCUCUACAAAGCCAUGGCCCAUGAGUCGUCCCAGAGCGAACUGGUGGAUGAUAUUUACCAGGACCUGGAAAACAACUCCAAGGAGUUUGGUCAGCUGGCCUACGAGCUGCUGGAUCAGUCCUACAAACACGAUGAGCAGGUGGCCAUGAAGCUCCUGACCUAUGAGCUGAAGAACUGGAGCAACUCCACCUGCCUGAAGUUGGCGGUAGCCGCCAAACACAGAGACUUCAUAGCUCACACUUGCAGCCAGAUGCUGCUGACUGAUAUGUGGAUGGGCUGUCUGAGGAUGGGCAAGAGCAACAGCCUCAAGGUGAUUCUAGGAAUCAUCUUCCCUCCUGCCAUCCUUCUUCUGGAUUUUCGUCUCGGAGAUGAAGCUUCACAUCAUUCGUCUAAAGAGCACGACGAAGGCAAAACUAAAGAAGAUGACAAGUCAGGCAAGGACGCUGUCUCUAACAUCGACACCACAUCAAAGAAAGGAGACGAAGAAGAAAACCAGAAGAAACAAAGGAAGAUUCCCUUAAGAAGGAAGAUCUACGAGUUCUACACAGCUCCGUUCACCAAGUUCUGGUUCAACACGAUCUCAUACCUGGUGUACCUGAUGUUGUAUAACUACAUCAUCUUGGUGAAGAUGGAGCGGUGGCCAUCGCUGCAGGAGUGGAUCGUCAUCUCUUACAUCAUCACUUUGGGGGUGGAGAAAGUCAGACAGAUCCUGAUGUCGGAGCCAGGGAAGCUCAAGCAGAAGAUCAAAGUGUGGUUGGAGGAUUACUGGAACAUCACUGACCUGGCUGCCAUCUCAGUUUUUGUGCUGGGUCUCCUUCUGCGGCUGGAGAACGAGCCCUACAUGGGUUACGGACGUGUCAUUUACUGCGUCGACAUCAUCUUUUGGUAUAUUCGAGUCCUGGACAUCUUCGGGGUCAACAAGUACCUGGGCCCUUAUGUCAUGAUGAUCGGGAAGAUGAUGAUCGACAUGCUCUACUUCGUGGUCAUCAUGCUGGUGGUGCUGAUGAGUUUCGGUGUAGCUCGACAGGCCAUCCUCCACCCAGACGAGAUACCCACUUGGCGUCUGGCUCGAAACAUCUUCUAUAUGCCGUACUGGAUGAUCUACGGAGAGGUGUUCGCUGACUCCAUAGACCGUAAGACUAGAGUUCAUAUUUAUGCGAUGGAAAUUAAUCCUCCAUGUGGAGAAAACAUGUACGAUGAAGACGGGAAGAAGCUUCCUCCCUGCAUCCCGGGAGCCUGGCUCACUCCAGUCAUCAUGGCCUGUUACCUGCUGGUCGCCAACAUCCUGUUGGUCAACCUGCUCAUUGCCGUCUUCAACAACACCUUCUUCGAGGUGAAGUCCAUCUCCAAUCAAGUGUGGAAGUUCCAGCGCUAUCAGCUGAUCAUGACCUUCCACGAACGCCCCAUCCUCCCGCCGCCCCUUAUCGUCUUCCCCCACAUCUACAUCCUCCUUAAGCGGCUGUGCUGCCACUGCAGACGGAGGCAGGAGGGGGAGCAGGAUGACCGGAGCCGGGAGCGAGGACUCCAGCUGAUGCUGAGUGCAGACGAGCUGAGGAGCCUCUAUGAGUUUGAGGAGCAAUGUGUGGAGGAGUAUUUCAGAGAGAAGGAUGACGAGGAGCAGUCAUCCAACAACGAGCGAAUCCGAGUCACGGCAGAGAGGGUGGAGAACAUGUCUAUGCGGCUGGAGGAGGUGAACGAGAGGGAGCACUCAAUGAAGGCGUCCCUGCAGACGGUGGACCUGCGCCUGGCCCAGCUGGAGGAGUGCUCUGGCCGGAUGAUGAACGCCCUGGAGAAGUUGGUGGGCAUCGACCGAGCCGAGCUCGCGCAGAUGCAGUCAAGAGGAUCUUCACCCUGCAAGUCGGCCGCUCUGCUGAGACACUGCAGCAUCAACAGCGCAGACGGGUGCAGUCUCUACCGCUACCAGCUGGAGCACGACGACAGGAACUCUGUGUCCGGAGACGUGGAUGGAAACGACAGGAGAGUCCAGCUGAGUCCGGAGUGUGGCUCCACCCUGGAGGUGAGAGGACUGAAGGAGACGCCUCAGUCUCUGUCCUGCAUCGGCAUCGUGAUCUCCCCAUGCAACACGAACCCGGACUCGGACAUCUACCAGCCUUCCCCCGAAGCCAAUGUGCAUGAAGCGCAGAAGGCCCGACUGGAGGCAAAGAUGACAAAAGAAACAGAGAAGCAGGGGCGAGAGGCCGAUGACAGUAACCAAGGUACCAAGGAGGAGCUAUCUGAGCUGCUGUUGGUGGGGGAGGACAGGAUGUACCCGACGCUUCGCUCCAAGAGUCUCAACACCAACCCCAAGAAAAUAAAGAAUAGGACGAAGCAGUGUGAAGAGAGUCCUCGCUCGGCCGGCAGCGUCAAAGACCUGGUGUCGGUGUUCAGCGACCAGGUGCACGAUCAAGGACCCGGUCCAUAAUUUCGAACUGCUGAUCUGUAGGGGUUGGACUCUACCACAGUGAAAGUGAGUGGCGCUCCCCAGUUUGGAGGUGGAUGGAUAUCGGACCCACCCAAAUGUCUGUCAGUUCACUGGGGGUGCUGGUGCCACCACGGAUUAGUAGGAAAUGCUUAGUAGUGUUGGGCUUGAGUGUAACUGACGGUGAACCUCUUGAUUCAUAGCUAAACCUUCAGAGGAAAACAGUUUUGUCCUGUGGGACAGGCAGGAAGUCUAUUCUUCUCCACACUAUGGUUCUACUUCUCCAACAUGUUUGUGGAUUUUGACUUUACGGUACAGUAGGUGUGAAUGUACGACCUUUCUCACUCAUGAAGAUUAAGACACAAAAAUCCAAAGUUCUUCCUUUUGGCCUCACUUAAAACCUGAAAUAACCACAGGCAGCAAAUAAAACCCAGGUUGGGCGCACACUGGAUACGUGCCUAUAGAAAGGAAUGAAUGUUCACAGUCCACUGGAAGAUCCACAAAGCUAGAAUUCAUUGUGAUGAAGUGAUUCAUUCUGUGGUUUUGCUGCUUGUUGUUCUUUUUUUCUAUUAUCUAUUUCAUCUUAUCUCUUGCAAAUGCAAACAUUGGAAUUACUGUGAAUUAUUGCAGACAAUCGGAGUUUUAUAUAUAGUGUAUAUAUAUAUAUAGUGUAUACUGUAUAUACAGUACAUUAUAUAUUCUGUCUGUUACAUUUGGAAACACAAUUAAUGUAAUUAAUUAACUUAUUCUAUAUUUUUUGUGUUUUAUCUUGUAAUAAACCUCUUUAUAAUAAAGGGAAUAAUAUCUACCUCUGUAGAAUCAUCUUUGGAGAAUAAAGGCAUGAGAGGCUUGUUUGUAGUUUGUGGUUUGUGGCUCCAGUCAAACACAUCAGCUGCACCUGUUUCAUCUGUUCCUUUAGAUACUUUGUAACUAGUGCUUUAUUUCUGCGCUGCUCGUGGCUGCAGGUGACCUGAGCCGAUGGCUUUUCAGGGAACUGAUUGUCUGCAGAUAGAAUAGAAAGUUUUUCUGAAUUCAUAUCAGAGGAACCAAUGUUUUGACAUUUGAGACCAGACAAGAAUGAAGCUGAAAACACAUCUUUUAGGAUAACUAAUGUUCAAUUCAGGUUGUUUUAUUUAUUUUUUUUAUUAAUGCUGAAGUCUUAUUUUUAAUGUUUUAAUGCCUAAUGCUUACUACUAUAAAUUACUUUAAUUUUACCCUAAAUUAUUGUGUUUUACAGACACACAAUACGGAGACCUUGAGUG